ACUUGGCUUCUCGUAAUGAGGGAACCGCCAGAAGGCCCUCGGAGCUGGACCUCAGUGUCUGGGCAGAACGAUAGGGGUGGAGACGCUCCUUCAGGUAUCCUGGACUGAGGCCAUUUAUGGCAUUAAGACAAUUGGGAUAAGACAAAGGGACAAAAUUAACACUGGGUGCAGAGCAGAGACCCUUGUAAUGUUGGUGGAAAAAAUUGCUUUGCAGCUAUGAGGCCCAAAUGAAAGUCACUGGUGGGCUAAGGCCCUUUUUCAGGUCCUGGCGACAAACCAUUGAAGUGCACCUAUAAUGCUUGCUUAUUGUGAAAAGGAGCUUCAGAUGUAGUUCAGUGUGUUUUCUUUACUAUCGUACUUAUUUAUACAUAUAGCGUCAUCAGUGUGCAGAAUGCAAGGAGAGGAGCUUGCAAUAUAAAAUUUGGCUCAAGGUGAAGGUAAAGGAAGCACAACUGAUAUUCCGCUGUGCCCGUCUGCAAGUGUAAUAGCUGUGAUUUCUGCAUUUCAAGGGGUUGGAGUAAAUGACCUUUGGAGGUACUUUCCAACUCUACAAUUCUAUGAAAGGAAUUUCUGCUUGUAUGGUGGGACUUCCCCUUCCUCUCCCAGCAGCCCCUAUGUGCCCCCCCCCCAUCUGCUGUAGAAGGCUGAGAUACCAUCUUGAGAAGAUUUCGAGGGAAGAAGGGGACAGCUGGUCGCACAGCAUUGGGUAUAAACAGGAGAAGACAAUGAAGGGGGAACAAAGUCCGGCUGCUUCCCUCAUUGACAGAACCAUCGAGAUGAGGAAAGAAACGGAAGCAAAGAAAGUGGUCUUGGCAUGGGGGCUUCUGAAUUUGUCCAUGGCUGGCAUGAUUUAUACUGAAAUGUCUGGAAAACUAAUCAGUUCCUAUUAUAACAUUUCAUGCUGGGUACUAUGGUAUGUUGAACUUGCAUUUGCAUCUUUGUUCAGCCUUAAUGCCUUAUUUGACUUCUGGAGGUAUUUUAAAUAUACUAUGGCCCCAACCAGCUUGGUUAUGAGUCCUGGACAGCAGACCCUCCUGGGGUUGCAGAAUGCAGCUGUCCAGACUACUCCACCCCGUGAGCUGACACCAAAGAAAACUCCUCCUUCGACGCCUUCUCCUCCCAUCCAGGGGCAGAGUGUGCUGAGCUACAGCCCUUCCCGCUCACCUAGUGCCAGCCCAAAAUUUGCCUCCAGCUGCAUGUCUGGCUACAGCCCUCAGCUCCAGGCUCUGUCGGGCAGCAGCUCUGGUUCUUACAGUGCUGCUAUGAGCUACUCCUCAGGCAGCUGCUACAGUAAGGUCCCCCCUUUUAGCCCUUCUCCAAGCACUUCACCAUACCCCACCAGCAUCGGCCCAAUGGAUAGCAGUGGAAUGAGGUCCCGGUAUCGUUCUUCGCCAACUGUAUACAAUUCCCCUACUGGCAAGGAAGACUAUAUGACGGACCUCAGGUCUCUGGACAACUUCCUUCGAAGCGAGGAGGAGAAGCAGCACAGAGUUCAGCUGGGGAGCACAGAUUCCAGUUCUCCUUCUAGCAGCCCAACCUUUUGGAACUACAGCCGGUCCAUGGCAGACUAUGCCCAGAUGCUCAGGAAAUUCCAGUACCAACCUGCCUGCAGGUCCCAAGCCCCUUCGGCCCACAAAGAUGAAGCUGAAUUGAGUUCCAAGCAGGUCGCUGAAGAGGUUUGGGCAAGAGUGUCUAUGAGUAGGCAACUGCUGGAUCACAUGGACUCCUGGACUGCUAAAUUCAGAAAUUGGAUCAAUGAAACAAUUUUAGUGCCCCUCGUUCAGGAGAUUGAGUCUGUGAGCACUCAGAUGCGGAGAAUGGGGUGUCCAGAGUUGCAAAUUGGAGAUGCCAGUAUCAGCAGUCUGAAGCAAGCAGCCCUGGUUAAAGCUCCACUUAUUCCCACGCUGAACACAAUAGUGCAGUACCUGGACCUUACACCAAACCAGGAAUAUUUGGUUGAAAGGAUCAAAGAGCUUUCUCAAGGAGGCUGCAUGAGCUCUUUCCGGUGGAAUCGGGGCGGAGAUUUCAAAGCACGGAAAUGGGAUACUGAUUUGCCCACAGACUCCGCAAUUAUCAUGCACGUGUUCUGCACAUACCUUGACUCCAGGCUCCCACCUCAUCCAAAAUAUCCCGACGGCAAAACAUUUACCUCCCAACAUUUCAUCCAAAUGCCCGAUAAGCCAGACGUCUCCAACGAGAACUUGUUUUGCAUCUACCAGAGUAGCGUCAACCCUCCCCACUAUGAACUUAUUUACCAGCGGCAAGUCUACAGUCUACCAAAGGGCAGAAACAACUUGUUCCACACCUUGCUAAUGUUCCUGUACAUCAUAAAGACGAAAGAAUCUGGGAUGCUUGGGCGGGUCAAUCUUGGCUUAUCUGGUGUGAACGUUCUGUGGAUUUUUGGAGACUAGCUGCCAGUCCCUGUCGCUGGACAUGUGGGGAUAAACACACCGGCUUGUUUUGGGAAGAGAACUCGGCAGCUUGCUGAACUUACUGCCUUGAAAGCAUGGUUUGGAUAUAUAAAGCAAGACUUUGGUUUUUUAAAAAACUGUAUUUGGGAUAAUAACGAAAAACUUUCAGCAUCAAAACCAAAUGGUUUCUGUGAAUGACUUCACUUGAGGAUCACAGUGGGAAAGUUACGUCGUUUCUAGAUGGACUGAAUUACCUUUUUGGAUAUCAUUCUAUUGAAUGCGACUGCUGCUUUUAGAUGAUAACAGGAGGGCUGUUUGCCACUCUCCAUCUGCCUCUGGAGAUUCAUAUAAGCAUGGCACCAAGUUGAUAAUGCAUUGCUGAAUUGGGUCCAAACUAUUCAAGUGAGGCUGAGUAUUCUUGGAGGCUGCUUCCAUUUUGCCACGUCAGGAAAAAAAAGUCACAUCAAUGUAUCUUCAGUACAAGGCCCUAAACCACAGAAAUACAACAAACCAGGUUUCUUUUGAGUCUUGGUUACAAAGGCAUGUGCCUUUCAUCUCUAGCACACGGGUGACUUUGUAUGAUCUACGUUGCCUUUUUCUUUCUUUUUUGAAGUGACAGCACUCCAGCUCCUCUACCAACAGCACAAAACAGCAGGCGAAUUUCAUUUUGACCGUGCAGCCUUUUCUCAGGGCCCUUGGGAGAUGUAGUAUUUUGGGUUGAGGGGUUCAAAUUUCAUGUUCCUACGGAACGGUGCGAAGUGAGCUGCAUCUAAAGCAGGCAUCCCCAAACUGCGGCCCUCCAGAUGUUUUGGCCUACAACUCCCAUGAUCCCUAGCUAACAGGACCAUUGGUCGGGGAAGAUGGGAAUUGUAGUCCAAAACAUCUGGAGGGCCGAAGUUUGGGGAUGCCUGAUCUAAAGCGUGGGGGUUUCAUGGCAUGGAGGGUUGUGCUGCUGCCUUUCUUUCCCAACGCAAUCCGAUAAGCAGAGAGCUACAAGAGUGGAACAUCACACUGCCAUUCCAGCAAAACUGCCCCAUGAGUCCUAUUGCCAAAUAAACCAGUACAGUGGUACCUCUACUUUUGAGCACCUCUGGUUAUGUAUCUUUCGGGAUACACAUUUUUCCGGGUUUCGCCACGUGCGCAUGUGCAGAACAGGCACCUCCAGUUGCAAAAACCUUGGGAUCCGGCCGGAGCUCUGGAACGGAUCCUGUCCGCAACCGGAGGUACCACUGUAGUUUAUUUUUCCUCCUAGGUUAAGACUGUGUGGUGGGCGGGAGAAGGAUUGGCGUGGAUUGGACGUCGCAGGUGUUUGUAUAAUCUGGUAUAUAUAUAUAUAUGUAUUUUAAUGAACGAAUUCUGCUUCCAGUCACAUCACUGGCGCCUUUCCAGUCUGCAAACACCUUGGCUGAUGGUUUUGGAAAGGAAGUAGUGGCUGGAACAAUGGUUGCACCGUUUUAAAAUUAGGCUUCCCCUGCGAAAAGCUUCCCAACCUUAGCAUGUACAUAUCGGUGACCAAGCAUUUGACAAACAAAGCUAUUUCGGAAAACUGCACCCUCUUUUAAAGAAUAGGGUGUUCCAAAACAAACCCUCUCAGCAUAAAAUAUAAUUCAUUUGCCUUGCAACCAUAGCGCGCAGGACAAUUUGUAGGUCCAAUUUAAUUAAUUUACCACUAGAAGUCUGCAGCCCUGCAUCUCUUAAUUCAGUUCUGUGAAGCCCUAACCCUCAACAUAUCGACAGAUCUUGUUGUGACCCAGAGCAGCAUAUUUUGUAAGCAAAGUUUCCUUUGUUGCCUUGACAAAGUGUGUUUGUACUGGAUUUUGCAGGAGUGAACAGGCUGGUGAGAUGACGGGGUGACUUCUUCCGCUUCCAUAGCCACUGGUCUUAAGACCUAUUGCUGUGACAGCAGCUUGUGUGUUACAUCUAAUCCUAGUCAUGCUUUCCUCAGGGAGCCGAGACCUUUCUUGACACCUGUCUUGGUGCUGCCAUUAAAACGUCUGUUUCGA